CAGUGUAUUGACCACUUCUUUACAUUUUCGGAUAGGAAAAUCAACUGUAUAUAAUAUUAUUCCUGAAGUGUGUAAUGCAAUAUGGGAGGUAUUGCAAGAGACAUAUCUUCGAUAUCCACAAGAAGAGAAGGAAUGGCUAAAAAUCGCAGAUGAGUUCAAUAAUAUGUGGGAUUUUCCAAAUUGUAUCGGGGCAAUUGAUGGGAAGCAUUGUCGAAUACAAGCUCCACCAAAUUCACAUAGCGCUUUUCACAAUUACAAGGGUUUUUUUAGUCUUAUACUAAUGGCUAUUGUGGAUGCUCAUUACCGUUUCAUUUGGGUGGACAUUGGAGAUUACGGUUCCCUGAAUGACGCUGGAAUCUGGUCACAUACUACAAUGAAGCAAGCAUUUGAAAACAAUAUGUUAUUUAUACCAGAAGAUCGUUCGUUACCUAAUACAAAUGAUCUAUUGCCAUUUUCUAUUGUUGGAGACGAAGGCUUUCCACUCAAAACAUAUUUAAUGCGUCCAUAUGCAAAGAAAAAUUUACAAAGUAACGAGCAAAAAGUGUUCAAUUAUCGGUUGUCAAGAGCACGUCGAGUCGUCGAAAAUGCUUUUGGUAUUCUUGUGGCACGAUGGCGAAUACUACAAAAACCUAUAGCUCUGAAAUUAAGUACUGUGGAGAAAAUAGUGCAAGCUGUAACUUGUUUGCAUAAUUAUAUUAUAAGUACCAAUGUACAAAAUAAUUUUUAUUUUAAUGAAAGAAUGGUAGAUCGAGAAGAAGCUAAUGGUGAAAUAGUACCAGGGAAUUGGCGAAAUAAAAUAGAAGAAAAUAGUUUUAUUCAUCCUUUAGGGCGAGUUGGUGCCAACAUUAGUACAGCUGCUGCUAUGAGCAACGCGAAACUCUUGCUCGAUAUUUUGUCUCAGAAGAAGGAAGCAUUCCAUAUCAAUGAAGAAAUAUACUUCAAUCCCUCUUCUAUGGCAAACAUGUAA